CAUCUUCCGCAUCUCUUAAAUGUGUGUGUUCUCUAGAAGUGCUUUUGUUCUUCGGUAUUGUUUGCCUUUGUUUUAAAAAAGGUAUUUUUGCAAGAUGAACUUAUAGUAGCGUACAUGUUCCACUGUGGUAAAGGUUGUCGUUUAUGAGGAGAGAUGUUUUCUUUCUGACGGUGUUUGAGAGCGCGCAGGUGGAGGAGGGAGGAGCUGGUUAAAGGCAAGUUGAGGAAGACCUGCUUUACGCCCGCUUUACCACAGACCGACGAUUAGUUGACAUUUUUGGCAUCAGGGAUCACUUGAAUGGUGUAUUUGUGCAUCAAAAAAACCCUCGUUCUUAAACACGUAGACAGAUUCAGACGCAUAAAAGUCGCGUGCGAUAAAGUCGAGCCCCGAGGCUGAGUUUUUGACGCACUCCAGUAUGUCCGAAACGAAGAAACAGUCGCGCACAGACUCGUCCGAUUCGAACCCCUGGGAUAGUCUGGGCAGCCCGACGCUCCUGUGGUCUCCCACCUCCGGGCUUCCUCUGCAGGACGGGCUUUACACGGACGCGAGGUUCCCGGUGCAGAACAUGCCGAUUCAGACCGACGUGGUUUGGAAACGACCAAAGGAGAUCUGUCCGUUUCCUGUGUUUAUUGCGGAUGGAGCCACACGUAUGGACAUCUGCCAGGGAGAACUGAGUGACUGCUGGUUCUUGUCUGCGGUGGCGUCUCUCUCUCUCAACCCUUGUCUUCUGCAUCAUGUCGUUCCCUCAGGCCAGGGUUUUCAGCAGGGCUACAACGGCUGCUUCAAUUUUCGGUUUUGGCAGUAUGGUGAGUGGAUUGAGGUGCGAGUCGAUGACCGCUUGCCGACGCGUAACGGUCAGCUGAUCUAUCUGCGCUCCUCAAACAAAGACGAAUUCUGGAGCGCUCUAAUGGAGAAAGCUUAUGCCAAGCUGAAGGGUGGUUAUAAUGCUCUGAACAUGGGUUUCCCUCAUGAGGCGAUGGCAGACAUGACAGGUGGGGUUACAGAAGAAUUCAUGAUGCCGUCUGACCAUCGAACACUGGGCUCUUUCCUACGCCCGCUGCUGCAGAAAGGAGCUCUGAUCAACUGUGCUAACUCAAGGAUCAAGACUACGGUCGGUUCAGUUGAGCUGGUGCGGAUCAGGAACCCGUGGGGUAAAGCUGAGUGGGAGGGGCCUUGGAGUGACAAAAAAGGAAUCGAGUGGAAUAUGGUGAGCACUGAAGAGCAGCAGCGUGUACAGAGAAUCCAGCAAGAAGACGGGGAAUUCUGGAUGUCUCUGGUCGAUUUCUGCCAGAACUUUGAGACGAUGGAGGUUUGUCACCAGAGCGAAGACACGCUGAGUGAGAGCGGAAACAUAAAGCCCUGGAAAUGUACAUCGCAUCAUGGACGAUGGAUUCCUCAGCAAGGGCCUCCUCAGUACAGUGUGACCCUGCUGGAAGAGGACGACGACCCCAGUGACCCUGAACUAACGUGCUCAUUCCUGCUGGCGCUCAUGCAGAAAUGCGCUCGUCAGAGAGGAAUGCUGUUCCCCGUGGCGCUGCACAUAUACAAGGCCCGAUCCGAGCCUGAUUUCCUCUCCUCUCGGGACAGUUCUCAGUUGAGCCUGGUGCUCAGCACCACUAAAGACCUUGGUUAUGUCUCGCGGCGAGAGCUGGUGUUUCGCGGUCGCCUGGCGCCCGGUCAUUACAUCAUCAUUCCCAGCACUUCAGAGGCCAAUCAGGUGGGAGAAUUCCUCCUGAGAGUCCUGACCGAGAAAGGAAACAAAACCAUAGCUGUUGAGGCACGAGGAGUAGACUCGAGCUCAGUUACUCCGCCAAUGUCUCCACGUCUCGCAGGUCUGCCGUCUGCGAAUGAAGCGAGAGAUCUCUUUGUGAAACACUGUGUGAAGGGGCCUUAUUGUAGUCCAUUGGAUCUCUAUAACCUGCUGACCGAAGCCAUUGCAAAAGGAGUCUUUGCAGGUAGCGAGAAGAAGCUGAGUUUGGAGCACUGCAAGAGCUUUGUGGUGCUCAUGGAUAGUCAAGGAAUGGGACGACUCGACUUGACAGAGUUCCAGGCAUUGUGGGAAAAACUCCGGAAGUGGACUGGUAUUUUUAUGACAUUUGACAAAAACAAGAACCAGGCACUGGAUUAUCUAGAAAUCCCACCAGCUCUGACAGCAGCAGGCAUACGGGUGGAUGAAUUCAUAGUGCAGCUGAUAGGCCUGCGUUACACGGAGCCAGAUAUGACCGUCAGCUUCCCAGGAUUCCUCUUCCUGCUCAUGAAACUGGACUGCAUGAUGCGCAAGUUUCAGUCAUUUGAUAUGACGGGGAUGGGAGUGAUUUCAGUAAACAGCAGACAGUUCCUGCACAUGACCAUGUACAACUGAUUCCAGACCAGCUGCAGGGAAACAACUGUACAUCUGCUUUAAUUAUUCUCUAUAAACGGAUCGUUCCAGGACUGGAUGCUGAUUGGUCAAUACAACGUUCCAGUUAUGAUACAGUACAUGCUAUAUUAACAGAUAUGACGCAAAACACAGCUACUGUAUAUAUCACUGCACUGCACCUGUAGAGACCAACUAUGAACCUCAUUUUACUGCUUCUAGUAGACAGAUGGCAGUCAAUGAAUUUGCUUAAUAAAAAUUGUU